GUUUUUCCUCUUUUUGGAAUAGGAAAAAAAAAACUGUGAUAAAUGUCUCGAAAAGAAGUUAGAAGCGGGGACUCAACUGGUAGCCGGAAGUUUCUGCCGAGAAUCCGUCGUGCCUUAUUCCAGAAUGACGACAGCGAAGACGAUGCUGAACUAACAGGAAAUACGAGUUUCAAAAAGAAAUCCCACCACGGUAAGCGGUUGAAUCCGAAGGUGGAUCAAGCUGCCGAAGAUGAAGCCGAAGAAAGCGACAUAAUUCCUGCUCUACUGUCCACGUCAACGGAUGUCGAUGUUCAUUCAAAUCCCUUGUACGAGAAGAUCGUGAAGAAAGGCAGAGUUAUUGUGGAGGAGCCCCGACACUCGCCUGAACAGGCAAUUCCCGUGAUUUCAGUAUCAUCUCCUGGCAAAGAAGGUUCUUCUCACUUGGUGGCCGCCGAAGUUUCUGAACCGCAUUACGCUAACCUGAAACUGAAAUCUAAACCGGUACCAGUGGACCGAGGCACCCUUGGUGGUGGUGGUGGUGGGGCAUUGAAGUUGAACGAGUUGGAUUCAGACAACAGGGCAUUGAGGGACCAGUUGAAGAAUUUGGCUAUUUGUGGGUCUGAUCAAAUUCAGAGCAUUGUGGAAGAGAAGAAUUGUUUGGCGGAACGAGUUAAAAUGCUGGAGGAUUUGUCAUUCAGGUUGAAUCUGGAACUUGGGGCCUUGAGAGAGGCGUUGAAGAGGCAAAAUUUGGACCCGGGUUCGGGUGUUGAUUUCCCCACACUCGCCUUCCAGCUGCGUCAAGGAACCCCGCGUUGGCUUUCAGACUUGCCAGCGACACUCGCGUUGUUGGAUUCUUAUGACGACAAACUCAAGUCGAGUAUGAGAAAUGAGGAAACAAAGGAUUGGGAGUCCAUAAAAGCUGAAGCUGUGAAAGUUCUUUCAACGAAUGAAGACCUUCAGAACCGGUUGGCACGAAUGGAAAAUGACGCACGGGUUGCGCAUUCAGAACAUUUGUGCAAGGUGGAAGAACUAUCGAUUAAGCUGGAGCGAUCAGAACUCGCCAAGAAGCAGCUAGAACUGGAGAUCAGUGGACUACAGGCGCAGUACCGAAUAGUGCGCGAACAGUACUUCACGUCAAGACUGGAGCAGGAAAAAUGUGUUCCGAUUGUCGAGCACGAAGCUGCUGUCUCACAGUGUUACAAACUAUUUGGGGAAGCAAAGAAGAAAUAUGAGAAGGAACAGAAACAGAGAGUCAAACAGAUGGAAGAACUGACCAAAGAUGUCGCGGGUUUCAAGGCGAAAUUAAAAUCCAAAGAUGAGGAAGCCAGACACGCUGUGGACGAACUGGAAAAAUGCAAACGACAUUUGAAAGAUUGUAAACAACAGCUCGCCUUUGCUGACACGAGAUCAGUUGAUCUUGAAGAAGAAAAACGAGUGGUGGAGCGAAAACUGCAGGAGUUGUUGGCUUCUUGUGAAAACAGUGCUUGUGUGAAGGCACGCCUAGAGGCUCUAGUUGCAGAGUUGAGAGUCCAGAAUUCAUCCUUGUUGAAGCAAUCCCAACAUUUUCCGAAAAAGCUCAAUAGAUUAAAGAGCAAGUUGAAGACUGUUGAGUUUGUGGCGGACCGGAAAAUUUCAGAAAUGAUGAAAGAGUUGGAAAGGUAUCAGGCUUUGUACAAGAGCGAAGCUUACAAGGAAAAUUUGUGAGUUGAAAGUACAAUUAUGUAAUUAAUCCGUCCACAGUGCCUUGUGGUACAUUAAAGUGUGUUUUCUAGUCUGAACAUUUUGUGAAAUGUGGUGCCGCACGAGCUUGUUCGAUAUUGAUGUGUUCAGAGGAAGAUAAAGUCAAAUAUUUGCGCAAA